UAGGACAGGGUGUCUAGGGAAAAAAAACAUUUUUGCCUUCCUUCUGACUAUCCAGGUUUUCCCUGAUUUUUGGAUUUUCAGUCUCCCUGAGUUUCUCUACUUCUCCCGCCUCUUUCUUCUAAAUAAAAAAAUACCAAAAAUAAACUAAACUCAGCUCCAAGCAUCAGUCAAGGCCAAUCCUCACAGGCAUGAAAUAUCAGAUUUGAAUGUGACUUUACCCCACCCUUCUGUCGACUGGACUCCAGAAACAGGAUACCCGCCUGGCACACCAGUUCAUUUUUUACCAUGGCGGCCAUGGGGUGCUGGCACUCAUCUUGGUCUGACAAUUGUCAUGGACUCUGAGCUAGAUGAGUACUACUGCUCAUCAGAGGCCAGCACUGGCUUUAAGAUUGUGCUACAUAAUCCUGUUGAAACACCAAAGAUAGCUACAUUUGGAACAUUUAUAUCGCCUGGGGAGCAAACUCAAUAUGUUAUACAACCGAUCAUAAAUAUUGCCACACAAAGUAUCGAGGGAGUGGCAGAGGAUAAACGACAAUGUGUCUUCUCAAAUGAACGAAGACUACGUUUUUACAGGACCUACACUCAACACAACUGCAUUUUAGAAUGUGAAGCAAACUUCACUCUCAGUUUUUGCGAGUGUGUCAUGUACUAUAUGCCAAAGGACAGAUUCUCGAGAAUUUGCGGGAAACGAGACUUGGAAUGUGCUAAUCGGGCAAAGCUUGCGAUGGAAAUGCGACUAAGUGACUCUCUGACAAACAUAACAAAGAUUGUGAACGGAACAAACAGGCCUAAAUGUGGCUGUCUUCCUGGAUGUUACGGACUCAGCUACACAAAAACUCAAUCAGCAAGUUUACUUUCAGGCAAACUUAAAAUAAAACCCGAACUGUUGGGAAAUAAGGAUCCUCAGUAUUUUGAACGAAACAUAGCUGUACUUCAUUUGUUUUUCCAAGAUACCCAGUUCACCGGUUUCAUGAAAGGAGAAUUAUUUGGAUUCACUGAGUUUUUGUCUAACACAGGAGGUUUACUUGGACUUUUCAUGGGCUUCAGCUUCUUGAGUGCAUUCGAAGCUUUCUACUUUCUCUCGUUGAGACUUUGGUGCACCGUUAUUCGAAAAAGAAAAAUCGAAAGUGAAUUGCUUGAAACAGAACAAGCUGAUAAAAAAUUUAAACAUAUGUUUCCAUUUCCUUUCUUACGAUAAUAAAAAUUAAAAGGAGCUAGAGUGACAGAGAAAAAAAUAUCAAAUGCUAGCAUCUGAAAGCAUGCAGGGAAAAUGAAGCAAAUUUGCACCUUGAAGUGUGUACCUAAAUGAACAUCAGAGACCAAACACAGUUAUUCAGCGAAAAAUAGUUGUAGCAGUUAAUCCACAAAUGCUCAAUAAAUAGCAAGAUUUUUAAUACUCUCAUUUUAAACUCUGAAAUAACUAGUAGCAGACUUCCCGUUAUACUUCAUUUUGUAAUUGGGAGUCUAAUGGAUGUAAUUUCUUGAAAAUUUCCUCACUUUCUCCCUUUGCUUGUUCAGCACAAAGUAAAAAUUUCUAGAGGACUAGGUCACCUCUCUUUCAGGAUACCCACUGUCUAUUAAAUUUAAAUGUUUUUCAACCUUGUAAUGAACAAUUAACUUCUUAAUAAAAGCAAGCAAAGCACAAA